AUGAAGCCAUCGGAGAUGCAAAUGAAAGUGCCUCUGCAGAAACAGCAAACCCACAAUCGAGCACCAUCAACUCACCAGGUGAGCAAAAUGGUGAUAUCAGAAGAGCAGAUAAAGUUGCCAUCAACCAAGAAAGCGGAGCCGCCGACCUGGGCCCAGCUAAAGAAGCUGACACAGUUAGCUGAAAAAAGCCUGGAAAACACAAGGGUAACACAAACUGCAGAGAAUAUGCUGCUUGCAGCUUUAAUGAUUGUAUCAAUAGUGUCUACAGGUGUAUCCAACGGCUCCGGAAAGACAGCAACCAAUGAGAACGGGCCAUGA